ACCAGCGCAGCCUCGAGAGGAGCCCCUCUCGUCUUCACCGCUCCAGCGCAGAUGAACCAGCCGAGGUUUUAAAAGUGAACUCUCCGCACUUUGAAAGUUCCCCGAGCAGUCUUUCCGAAAGUUUAGCCUUUUUCCGUCGCCACGCCUGUGAUGGACCGCUGAGGCGACGAGUAGAUAACUUUCGCCCCCUCUCCUUCUGGGACUGCGUCUUUCUAUCGGUUUGGAGACGGUGGGACAGGACCCUCUGUAACGCUCUGUCCAGGACAUUCCGUGCCUAGUCGGUGUUCUUUUUGGUCCCAAAAGAUAGUAGAUGGAUUCAUCAUCAGUGGGGCUUUGCGGAGAAUUGUGCGCGUCUCUCAGAGGGGGCUGAAAAGUUGUAAGAAACAGAGUAAAGCUGGGUAAAACCAAACAACAAAACAACGAAACAAUACGAACCGGAGGGAAAACGAGGAGGACUCUGGAACCCCUGACCAGACUCGUGUGGUGCCGGGACACGAGGGUCCGGGACAGAAGCAGCGAGGACCGCACUUAGUGGGAGACUCCAUCUUCGUCACCAUGGAAACCUCCGCCUCCACCGGCAGCGAGAGGAAGGACAAGAUGGACACGAGUGGCUUCGGUGACCUGAAGAAGCCGUCCCCCUCGCUGACGAGAGCGCCCCACCACCUCUUCCCAACGUUCCACGCUCCGAUCCCGAUCGACGUGCGUCACCACGAGGGCCGCUACCACUACGAGCCGCACGCGCUCCACGCCAUGCACGGCCCCGUGGGCCUGGCCGGCAGCCCCGUCAUCUCGGACAUCUCCCUGAUCCGCCUGUCGCCGGCCGCCGCCGCCAUGGCGACGGGCGAGGCGUCCCCGUUCGGACCGCCGCCGCACCCCUACGCCGUGAGCCACCACCACAUGGAGCACUACCUGCGCUCGGUGCACGCCAGCCCCAGCCUGUCCAUGAUCUCCGCCGCCCGCGGCCUCAGCCCCGCCGACCUGGCCCACGAGCAGCUGAAGGAGCGGGGUCUGCUCGGCCUGCCCCCCCCGGGGACCAGCCCGGUGGAGUACUACCACCUGAUGGCCAGCCACCGCACCCCCUACGGAGACCUGCUGAUGGGGGGCGCGGCCGGGGCGGCACACCUGGGGGAGUACUUCAGCCCCGUGGAGGCAGCCCGAUUCUCCAGCCCCAGACUGACCCCUCGGCUGAACAGAAAGCGAGCGUUGUCCAUCUCCCCGCUGUCCGACGCCAGCAUCGACCUCCAGACCAUGAUCCGCACCUCGCCCAACUCCCUGGUGGCCUACAUCAACAACUCCCGCUCCAGCUCAGCCGCAGGAAGCUCCUACGGUCACCUGUCUGUCGGCGGCAUCAGUCCAUCCUUCGCCUUCCCUCACCCCAUCAACCCCAUGGCGUACCAGCAGCUGCUCUCCCAGCAGCGGGGGCUGAGUGCCUUUGGACACACCCCCCCUCUUCUGCAGCCCGCGCCCUCCUACUCCAGUCGCCACGUCGGCCUGGGCCUCAACGGCAUGCAUAACGCCAUCCACCACCACCACCACCACCACCGCGACUCUCCGCCAAAGAGCGACUCAGCGGUCAGCAGCACGGUGGAGCCCAUGGUGAGCAAAAGGUCAAAGGUCAAGACGGAAAUGGACGGCCUGCGGUCGACGUCGCCAUGCUCCCCGCAUGGGGGGCUGCGGGGGGACUCCUCCAAGGAGGAGGAGUGCGAGCGGGACGAGGCCAAGCAGGAGCCGGAGAUCGUCUACGAGACCGACUGCCACUGGGAGUCCUGCAGCCUGGAGUACCACACCCAGGAACAGCUGGUGCACCACAUCAACAACGACCACAUCCACGGGGAGAAGAAGGAGUUUGUGUGCCGGUGGGACCAGUGCUCCCGGGAGCAGAAGCCCUUCAAGGCCCAGUACAUGCUGGUGGUCCACAUGCGCCGGCACACCGGGGAGAAGCCGCACAAGUGCAGCUUCGAGGGCUGUGCGAAGGCCUACUCCCGUCUGGAGAACCUGAAGACCCACCUGCGGUCCCACACGGGGGAGAAGCCCUACGUGUGCGAGCACGAGGGCUGCAACAAGGCCUUCUCCAACGCCUCGGACCGGGCCAAGCACCAGAACCGCACGCACUCCAACGAGAAACCCUACGUGUGUAAGAUCGCGGGCUGCACCAAGCGCUACACGGACCCCAGCUCCCUGAGGAAGCACGUGAAGACGGUGCACGGCCCCGAGGCCCACAUCACCAAGAGGCACCGGGCCGAGCCCCCCCCCCGGCCCCCGGGCGGCGGGCCCCGGGAGAACGGGGACCACCACGGCUCGCCAGGGGCCGGCGAGGACUACGUUGGCGUGCGCUCCAUCAAGACGGAGAGCAGCGUGGUGUAUCAGUCCAGCCCUGGUGGUCAGUCGUCAUGCAGUAGCGAGCCAUCGCCGCUUGGCGGCGCCGCCCACCAUGACGGUGGAGUAGAGCCGGCGGGGGACAGGGGAGGGAGCCCGGGCCCGGACGUCCCGGACCCCCUGUACGACCUGUUCCCCAUUGGCUCCCCGGGGGCCGGAGGGGCGACGGUUGGCCUUCGCCUACGUCGGCAGCCGGGCCUCGGUCACUGCCUGGGGUACCUGAAGAAGGAGAAGCUGAGGACGGUGAGGGAGUCGUGCAGAUGGGGCGGCAACCCGGCACCACCCUCCCCCAGGAACAGCACCACGCUCCCCCCCAUACCGGCAGGCGGGCUCCCCUUCGACUAUCCCAAAAUGGCCGUGGGUGUUUCCGGUUCCCUCCCUGUCCCCGGGCUGUCCGACGCGGGCCGCCACGGCAAGAUCCCCCCCGGGCUGGGCCAUCCGUCGGAGCGCCGGGACAGCACGUCCAGCACGCUGAGCUCCGCCUACACCCUGAGCCGCCGGUCCUCGGGCAUCUCCCAGUGCUUCUCCAGCCGGCGCUCCAGCCUGACCUCCCAGCUGGACGCCAGCCGCCACAACAACAACCUCAGCUCCACCGGCUCCUACGACCCCAUCUCCGCUGACAUGUCCCGGCGCUCCAGUGAGGCCAGCCUCACGUGCGGGGACGGGCCGGGGGCCGAGGGAGGUAGAGGAGGCCACCCCACCUCGCUCAGCCUCACCCCGGCCCAGCACUACUGCCUGAAGGCCAGGUUCGCCGCCGCCACCGGGGGGCCGCCGCCCACGCCCCUCCCCGACAUGGAGCGGAUGAGCCUGAAGACCUGCACGGCGCUGUAUGGGGACGCCCGGGAGUCCUCCUAUCUCUGCAAGGCCGCCGCGGCCGGUCUUUCCCCCAGGCGCCACAGCAACUACGCCGCCUGUACCGUGAUGCCCCACGAGGUGCCGUCUAACGGCCCCCGACGGGCCAGCGACCCGGUGAGGCGGGCCGGCCUGGCGCCCCUCCGGCCGCCCCAGAUGCAGCGCUACAACAGUGUGGACGCGCUGGGCAGUCGCGGCGUUCCCAGCUUCCCGGCACUUUCCGCCGCGGACCCGAGACAUCGGGCCGCGCCGGUAUGUCUCCAGACGCGCGGCAGCCUCAGCCGGCACCCCAUCUCAGAGAACGUCACCGUGGAAACCGGGGCGAGGGACGCCGCAGAAGAAGAGAUGAUGUUCCAGGAUGACGUCCUGCAACGUUUUAGUAUGCAGGGCGGGGGGCAAUCGGCGGGGCGUCACCCAGCGGCGCAGAGCGUACGAGGGAACGCCAACCUCUUGCAGUCGUCCUUCCAUCAGAGACGGACGUCGGCCGUUAAUUCCACCCCGCAGGGCUCUAGUAGCACUGAAAGGGCUGUUGAGUGGGACCAAGAGUCCUUGACAACGAGCGCAUCCAGAGGGAACUUGGCUCUAGUCCAGCAAAACGAGAACUUUGGACCCCUACGCAGCGAUCUGAACUCCAACCAACGGAUGGUUCAGAACAGUGAUUACGCCGCUCUUCCGCAUUGCGCUAACCGCAACGGUGGUUGUGGUGAGCACGGGACACUCCCUCUGAAAGCCAACCUAAAUGAAACCGUAAGCUGUCAGUAUCAGUUGAACCGUCACACCGGUGUUUAUGACGGCACCAACGUGAGCGCGAGUCCCAGCACCAACCGACAGACAGGACAGAAUGUGAACAUGCAAUACAGCGCUUUGGAAGAUGGCCUCAUGCAGGUCAAACUGGAGGACGACCAGGCAUGGCACCGGAGCUGCAGCCUCGCCUCCCAGCACUCGAUGCAAAGCGAAGGCCAAGGGCUGAGACAACCGAGACCACCGACAGAACCCAGGUCCCGAGACAGGUGCCAGUCAGGGCCCGACGCGACGGUAACUCAGACCAACCUGAACCUAGCCUACACUAACUCGGACGCAGUAGCACAAGUGUUGUCCAUCGACAGUAUCAACAGCAGCGGCAACGACAAUGCCUUGUACUACACUGGGCAGAUUCAGGUCUUUCCAGCCAACGGAAACCCUGACAUAUCCGCCAUGGUAGAUCUGUCCCAGUUUGUCUCCAGUCGGGCCGAGGACCCUCCAUUGCCGGAGUUCCGACAGGCUUCUAGAGACAUGGACCCUGGAGAUACCGGAUCAGAGGAGCCGAUAGACUUUGACAGCAUGCUGGACGAUGGGGAUCACUCCAGCCUAGUAUCAGGAGCCCUCAGCCCGGGCCUCCUCCGUAGCUUCUCACAGAGCUCCUCUCGCCUCACCACCCCCAGGAACUCGGUCACGCUCCCCUCCGUGCCGGCUGGGACGGGGAACAUGGCCAUCGGGAACAUGAGCUCUCUGUUGACUGCUCUGGCAGAGGAGAGCAAAUUCCUCAACUUGAUGUCUUAGCCACACUUUGCGGCAAAUUGCGUCUCUGACUUUUGGGGAAAGUAAACAGCUGCAAGUGCUUAAUUCCAGAGUUCUGGCACAAAACGGAUGACAUACACCGAAUCAAAUGUCGAGAACUUGAAUGAACCAUCUGUGGUCGUGUGCCAGAAGUGCACAUGGGGUCCUCCUUCUUGUACAUUCUUUUGUCAACUAUUUAAAAUGGCAUUUUCCUAUCUUUUGAAAAGCCAUAUUUUUUGCCUUAGGUAUUGGGUCCGGAAUAAACAACAGCACAAUUGUUACUGUGUACAUAUUGAUGAUGUUACCAAUCUGCAGUAGAGUUCUUGACUAAGUGCCUGACACAACCAAAACAUACGACAUACUACACAGUAAGUGUGGAACGUUAACGGUACAGUGUGUAGAAUUUAGUGGUGGCUAACGGAACAAACAGAUAUUGAAUAUGAUAAUUAUAAGUAUGUUUUAAUUACAGUAUAAUCCUGUGAAAAUAAGAAUUGUGGGGUUUUUUACCUUAGAAUGAGCCCUUUAUAACUACAUAGGGAGCGGGUCCUCUUCCACAGAGCCCGCCAUUUUGCCCCUCAAUGAUUCUACAGUAGCCCAUAAAGUACAAACGACUCUACAGAGGAUGCAUACUUUUCCCUACGUAAACCAUUACCUCUAGUUUAACAUUCUAGUUAACUGUAUACAAUUUAGAAGGAACUUGAUACUUGCUUACGCGAUGCUGUCGCAGAUGAUCACAUUUUUACCAACUGGCACUUGAGGGGUCGGGGGGUAUUCAGUUGCCCACCAAUUGGUGCUACUAAAUCUUACACACUGCAUCUUUAAAAGGUAAAUAGGUACCAUCAAGAUACCUAGAUCUUAAGAAUGAGUCAUCUCCUAAAUGUGUAUUGAUUUUAUUCCCCUGUAUCCCAAUCUCAGCCAUAUCAUCUAAAUGCGAUUUCCUUAUUCAUAUCAACGUGUCUUUAUUCAAAGGUUCACAACUGAUACCCUAAAAGAGGAAGGUGACAAUAAUAAAAGUCUUUAAGCAUUGAAAAUCAUGGAAGAAGAAAAAAUAUUACCAUUCUUCUUAAGAUAUUCCUAAAUCCUUUCGUCCGACGUUAUGCCAAUUCGUUGCACUGACUAUGUAAAUAUAAUUUGUACAUUUCUAUGGAAUAAAUAUUUGACAAAGUUUUAUACACA